AUGGCGGCUGUCGUGAAACAACGAAAUAGGAAACGUCCUAGACCUCAAGCUCAAGAGAGCAGCCCUCCGAAGAGAAAAGUCGAUGAGAACUCGCCAGUGAUACUAUCAUUUAAAAAUCAUCGGCAAGAGCUGGAUUCUCGGCAUGACAAACACGAGCGUUUAGUUAAAUGUGGCAGAGAUGUUACUAUUGCAAGCAAACGGAUCAUUUUUAAUCUUCAGCGAGUAGCCGGAGCGAGUGAUACGGAGCAGAUCUUCAAAGAAGCAGAUGAAAAGUUUGUAACGGUUAAAGAGCUCCUAAAUACGAUAGCUUUGGAGUUAGAGGGAGAAGACCCUUUCUUGUUCACCCGAGCGUACUCUCCUGGUGUGCAGGAAUACAUCGAAGCAUUGUCUUUCGCGCAUUUUCUCAAGAGGAAAACUUUGAUUUCUUUCGACCAAGUUGAAGCGGAGUUGAAAUUUUCAAAUGAGGAUGGUAAAGAUCUUGGCUUAAGCUUAAAUCCGUUCGACUACGUACUUGGAAUCGCGGAUCUGACGGGAGAGCUCAUGCGUUUCUGCAUAAACAGUGCGUCGAGCGGGGACCAAAAAACUCCUUUUGAGGUGUGCAGCUUUCUGCGGGAAAUUCACAACGCUUUCGUGGCGUUCGGGAAUGUUUCUAGGGAGAUUUCCUCAAAAUUGAGAGUAUUGAAGGCCAGUAUGAAUAAGGUGGAAGUCGCUUGUUACACUUUAAAAGUUCGGGGUUCAGAAAUUCCUCAAUUUGCUUUGGCUGAAGCACUGGGUGGAGACUUUACUUCUGAAGAAAGGGAUUUUAAUUGA